GUUGACUCGGUUAUUUUUCUCUUGGUGAAUUUAGUUUAUUAGUAUAUUGUGCGAUUAUAAACACAAAACAACGAUUCAGUAUCAGUGCUAGCUGUAUAGAUACUAGUACUGCAGGUUUGGAGGCACGUCAGAUGUUUACUGAGCACAGAGUAGACUCUACUCUGGCAAACGUCAUCAGCUGAAGACCUGCAUCUGGAAACCAACAUGCCACUCAAGGAUAAAGGGUGUUUCCAAUGUGAAGUCUGUUCAAAGAGGUGUAAAGCCAAAACUCUUCUAGAAAUACACAUGCGUGUUCACACUGGUAAAAGACCUUUCAGGUGUGGAAUGUGCUUGAAGGAUUUCUCAACAAAGGGUAACAUUAAAAGACACAUGCAGAUCCACACUGGAGAAAAACCUUUCAAAUGUGAAGUAUGCACAAAAUGUUUUACAAAAAAAUCCCACUUGAACAAACAUAUGCAGAUUCAUACUGGUGAAAAAACUUUCAAAUGUGAUGUCUAUUCCAAAUGUUUUCUACACUGUUCCAACUUAAAGCGGCAUAAGUUGGUUCAUACUGGUGAAAAACCUUUCAAAUGUGAAGUGUGCACAAAAUGGUUUUCACGGAGUUUCAGCUUAAAGCAGCAUAUGUUGAUUCAUACUGGUGAGAAACCUUUCAAAUGUGAAGUGUGCACAAAAUGUUUUUCACGGAGUUUCAACUUAAAGCAGCAUAUGUUGAUUCAUACUGGUGAGAAACCUUUCAAAUGUGAAGUGUGCACAAAAUGUUUUACAACACAUUCCUACUUGAACGAACAUAUGCGGAUUCAUACUGGGGAAAAACCUUUCAAAUGUGAUGUGUGUGCAAAAUGUUUUGCUCGUAGUUCCAUCUUAAGACAACAUAUACUCAUUCAUACUGGUGAGAAACCUUUCAAAUGUGAAGUGUGCACAAAAUGUUUUGUGCAGAGUUCCAGCUUCAGACAACAUAUGUUGAUUCAUACUGAGGGGAAAUGAACUGAAGAUGUAGAUUGAGUGCCAUGAUCCUAGACAAAAAAAAAAUGUAUUCAUCUCUGAUGAGGAUUUUGUAAGUGAAGAAAUAGAAGUAGACAAGUAAUCCAGCUUUUAAUUAUUUAUUCAUUCAUGUUCUUAGUUCACACACACACACACACACACACACACACAGAGGAGAGAGAGAGAGAGAGAGAGAGAGAGGAGAGAGAGAGAGAGAGAGAGAGAGAGAGAGAGAGAGAGAGAGAAACAGACACUGUAUAUUAAGACUAUGAUAAAUACUUUUCUGGUAUCAGUUUUAAGGUAUUAUAGAUUUAAAAAAUGCUUCAUUAUAUCAUAAUUGUGUAUUACUUUAGUGUUCUGAUUUAACAAUAUUACUAUCACAUUUGACUGUUAACUUGUUUUAUUAGGUAACUGACAACCUAAUAUCCAACAUGAUGCACUCACCAGUUUGUGUCAACCAGUAAAACUAAUAUCGCAAACAUUUCUAAUAUAUAUAUAUAUAUAUAUAAUAUAUAUAUAUAUAUAUUAGAAAUAUCUCAUUUCUUACUAAGAAUUUUGAAAACUACAUUAGUUAUUAGUUGUUAGUUCCCAGAUCAAUGGGAAUAUCAGGGUUGGGGAGUCCUGGAUCACUGCCUUACAAUACAGUUAUAAUCUUUUAAAUGGAACAAAUAGAAAAUACAGAAAUUUAGCAGUUUGAGAG